AGCUGUCUUUUGUCAUGUAGCAUAGCCACACAGUCUCUACCGGUUCCGGUUUAAAGGGUUUUGUUUGCCAGGGGUGAUCAUUGUACUCUUUUUAUACUGUAGCAAAGGAACAAAAUCAAGUAACGUGACUGGAUUCAUAAUUUCUAUCACGGAUUCCCUUCAAUUGAGCACAGCAGUUAUGUAUCUCGUUUCGUGAGGUGUUAACAUGGUGAAGGAAUGGGACAUAGCCUACUGUGAUUUUCAAGUUAAACACAACAAUACCACUUUGAGUGUUCCCCGAAACAUUUAAAGAGGACGAAGCGAUCGGAAGGCGCAUGUAACCUCAAGAAAAGAGUCCCGAUUCGGUAAAGGCUUGACAAUGGGCUGUGUCAAAAGUAAAGAGGACAAGGGUCCUACACAGAAGUACCGACCAGAUCCCACCAAUCCCACCCCUGGGUCACACAUGGGUCUAUACGGACCAGACCCCACUCAGAUGGGCCAGUCUCCUGCGCUAAAGGGGCCAACAAACAACUACAACAGCCGUGCAUCUGGGCUCACCCCAUUUGGUGGCUCCUCCUCUGUCAUCACACCCUUCGGUGGGGCCUCCUCUUCCUUCUCCACUGUUGCCGUGAGCAACCCCUUCCCCGGUGCCGUCACAGGUGGUGUAACUUUCUUUGUGGCCUUAUAUGAUUAUGAAGCCAGGACAUCAGAUGAUCUCUCCUUCAAGAAAGGCGACAGAUUUCAGAUCAUUAACAACACAGAGGGAGACUGGUGGGAGGCUCGAUCCAUCAACACGGGGCAGAAGGGCUACAUUCCCAGCAAUUACGUGGCCCCUGCCGACUCCAUCCAAGCCGAAGAAUGGUACUUUGGAAAAAUGGGUCGUAAAGAUGCUGAGCGACUGCUGCUUAUUCCUGGUAACCAGCGGGGCACUUUCUUGGUCAGAGAAAGCGAGACCACUAAAGGGGCGUACUCUCUCUCAAUACGGGACUGGGAUGAGAUGAAAGGGGACAACGUGAAACACUAUAAAAUCCGAAAGCUUGACAACGGGGGCUAUUACAUCACCACUAGAGCACAGUUUGAGACUUUACAGAAACUGGUGAAGCAUUACACAGAGCAUGCAGAUGGGCUGUGCUACAGACUGACCACGGUGUGUCCGACGGUUAAGCCCCAGACUCAGGGCCUAUCUAAAGAUGCAUGGGAGAUUCCACGAGACUCACUGCGUCUGGAGCUCAAACUGGGCCAGGGCUGCUUCGGAGAAGUUUGGAUGGGUACAUGGAAUGGUACAACGAAAGUAGCUAUAAAGACUCUGAAACCAGGCACCAUGUCUCCUGAAGCAUUCCUGCAAGAGGCUCAGAUCAUGAAGAAGCUUCGGCAUGACAAGCUGGUGCCCCUGUAUGCUGUGGUGUCUGAGGAGCCCAUUUACAUUGUCACAGAGUACAUGGGCAAAGGGAGUUUGCUGGACUUCUUAAAGGAAGGUGAGGGCAAAUACCUCAAGCUGCCACAGCUGGUGGACAUGGCUGCCCAGAUUGCAGAUGGCAUGGCCUUCAUUGAGAGGAUGAACUACAUCCACAGAGACCUGAGGGCUGCUAACAUCCUGGUGGGUGACAAUCUGGUCUGUAAGAUAGCUGACUUUGGCCUGGCCAGACUGAUUGAAGACAAUGAGUACACUGCUAGACAAGGAGCCAAGUUUCCCAUUAAGUGGACUGCACCUGAGGCAGCUCUGUACGGACGAUUCACCAUCAAAUCUGAUGUCUGGUCCUUUGGUAUUCUGCUGACUGAGCUGGUGACUAAAGGCAGAGUGCCAUAUCCAGGCAUGGUGAACAGAGAAGUGUUGGAGCAGGUGGAGCGGGGCUACAGGAUGCCGUGUCCUCAGGGCUGCCCGGAGUCGUUGCACGAAAUGAUGCGACUCUGCUGGAAGAAGGAGCCCGAUGAGCGGCCCACUUUCGAGUACAUCCAGUCCUUCCUGGAGGACUAUUUCACCGCCACUGAGCCUCAGUACCAGCCUGGAGACAACCUGUAGAGACCCUAAAGGGCUAGAGACUCACAACAACAUGCUAAUAAGGCAGCAGGAUGGUUUCCAAACCCAUUGUGGCACCUCUUCCCUACAGUUCCCCAGCGCACUUGUCCUAAAGAGAUGUUUUUUUCUCUCUUUUUCUUUCCUUUCCCCCCAGAGUCAAAUUUCUAAACUUGAUUAGCGCAUUAAACACCGAAAAUGAUCAUAGAAUGGCUUUUUUCAGGCAGCUCUUUGCCCGAGAAUGUGUGUGUGGUGGAGUUGAUGGGCGGUGUGUGUUUGUUAGAGGCAUUGGAACAGGACCAUAUCAUGCUUCCAGAGAUCUGCUGGGUUAUCUUGCAGUGCAGACAGAGGGAGCUGUGAGGAAAGCAAAAAGCUUAAUGCUAAUGGCUGGUUCACAGUUGCACAAAAUUACAUUUUGUUUUUUCAUUUAAUUUUUAUAUCAUUUUUUUUAUUAUUCCCUUUGCCUGUGUUAUUUUUCAUUUGGACACUAAAUCCUAUUCUGAUUGUAAUGUUGCUUUGUUUUUUAGUAGUAGUUGAGUAGGUUAUUACAAGUGACCAAUAACUGUGGUUGAAUCUGUUGGCGCUACCAGAGACUGUGCCAUUGCUGGGACAGGACUGUGGAAGUCAGAGAAAGACAGAGGACAUUUAUAGAGAGAGAGAGACAGAUGGAUGUGAGCAUGAGGGAACUAUCCAGAGUGAGAAUUUGAAAUUAUAAGAUUGAUAACAGGGGUGGAUUUAUAUCCUCUAAAACAGUAAAUCAUAAUUUUCAUAUGUUCUUUCAUUUUAGUUUUAAUCAGUCUCAAUUCUAUCAAGAUUUUGAUGAGAACUUGAAAUCAUAUCCUGGGGGAGGAUUCAUAUUGGGAAGCCUCUAUUUUCACAAUGCAUUUCUGCUUUGCCAUUUCAACCAACUGCACAUUUUCAAAGCAAAAAGUUGAACAUAUCGCAAAUGUACAAAUCUUAUUUUGUCUUAGAUUCUCCAACAGUAAUUUAGCAGAAAGACCAAUGAAUAAAGAAAUGCUAGAUCUGACCAGUCCUUAUGAUGAUGUUUAAACCCAACAGUUUAACACUAAAUAUCACAACAGUAAUGACUGAUUUUCUUUUUGAUGUAUAAGGUUUUUGUUUUCAUGCCACUUCAUUUAUAGUGUUUCCAACCUCAUGUACUAAAUGAAGGACAUAGAUUUAUUGCUCUUUUUACAGAUUACUUCAUAUAUAACACUUUCUAUGUAAGUAUUUCAAGAGAAACGGUUUCUUCAUCCUGGCAUACGAAUGUGAACUUGCUAAAAUAAUUUUAAGCUGAUCCAUUUUUGUCUCUUUUGCAAGUUUCUUAAAAAAGAAAUUAGUUGUGAAGAAAGUCUGAUGUUUGACACUUUUUAUCUGUCACUAUGAUGACAUACGAUGUUUGCUACUUGUGGAGGUGUUACAUUUUCUUAGUUUUGGCAUGAACACUGAAAUAUUCAGGUACUGCAGAUUAAGACCAUUUACUAACCAAAGUUUUGAUGGAAUGAGUAGAAUUUGCCCUCCAACCUGAGUGUAGCAAAAGCUUUAAAUAGCUUCACCAACACUGCUUAUUACUGUUCGAUGUUAUCCUUUAUCUCUUAAAUUGUAAGAUGAAAUAUUAUAAGUCUAAUGGAGAAGGGCAAAGGUACAGUUUUUACACUAAUGUUACAGAGUAGGUCUUAAUAUUUGAGUUAAUGGGUUAAUUUAAUCCACGACAAGACAAGAACUUGCUAUGAAACAGAAGACGGUCAUCUCUGGAAAUAUUUGGAGGGCUAAUUUGUUACUGGGUUUCUUCUCCCUUUUGUUGUGUAUCUUUCUGUAUUUAGAGAGAGGCCUUGCUUUUGUCCUCAUGUAUGUGAGCCCUUUGUCUCAGGGACCUUAUUGUCUCCUAUGUCUUUAUCCAGGAUACUGCCCACACAUCUUUCUCAUCACCACCUCCUGUUUUAAAAGGGAUACAGGCAAGUUUCUGCGAAACUCUUUUAUCAAGUAUGUUCCUUGUGUCUUUAAAAAAAAGAGAGAUAACUCUGGUAGGUUGUAAAGUGAGGGUCUCCAAUGCGGAGUUUUAACUAAAUGAUGAGGACAUUUGUUGUGAGACAAUGGUUAUGAUUACUAAUCUGAAGAAUUUGUACAGUAAAAAAAUAAAAUUUUAAAU